UUCCGGAAUCAAGACUCGUACUGCCACCAGCCGGCCAUCUUUCCCCAUUCCCUCCCGGCCGCCGGCGCGGCGGCGCCGCCAUGCUCCGACGAACCAUCCUCAUCCGCCUCCUCUCUUCUCCCUCCACCUCGCCCGUAGCAUCUCUCCACCGCCUCCUCUCCGCCGCGGCGCCCGCCGUUUCCCCAAACCCUAGCUUCGCCGUGGAGGACUACCUCGUCGGCACCUGCGGCCUCACCCGAGCCCAGGCACUCAAGGCCUCCGCCAAGCUCUCCCACCUCAAGUCCCCCACCAAUCCCGACGCCGUCCUCGCCUUCCUCACCGGCCUCAGCCUCUCGAGCGCCGACGUGGCCUCCGCCGUCGCCAAGGACCCGCAGUUACUCUGCGCGAACGUGGAGAAAACCCUGGCCCCCGUCGUCGCCGGGCUCGCCGGCCACGGCCUCGCACAGGCUGAGAUCGCGCGCUUCGUCUCGCUCGGCCGCCCCAUCUCCCGCUGCAGGUCCGUGGUCUCUAAUCUACCGUACUACGUGUCGCUCUUCGGCUCCGUCGAGAACCUCGUCAGGUCCCUCAAGAAGAGCGCCAGUCUCUUUGGAUGCAGCCUCGAGAAGGUGGUCAAGCCCAAUGUCGUGUUCCUGCGGAAAUGCGGGCUCGGUGAUUGCGAUAUUUCCAAGCUGUUCCUCUCUGCGCCGCGGUUGCUCGGCUCCAACCCGGAGCGCGUCCAGGCGAUGGUGGCGUCUGCCCAAGGUCUUGGUGUACCCCCUGGCUCUGCGAUGUUCAGGCACAUGCUGCAUGCUGUCGCAUUGCUCAGCGAGGAGAAGAUCGCCGCUAAACUGGAGUACCUGAAGAACAUGUUCAGGUGGUCGGAUGCUCAAGUGCGCAUUGCUGUUUGUAAGGCCCCACUGGUGCUCACGAGAUCUAAGGAGUCUCUGCAGAGCAGGUCAAAGUUCCUCAUCUCUGAUGUGGGGUUGGCACCGGCAUACAUUGCUCAGAGGUCUGUAAUGCUCACUUACAGCCUGGAGGGACGGAUCAGACCCCGAUACUAUGUCCUUAAGUUUCUUAAGGAAAAAGGAUUGCUACCUCAAGACCGAGACUACUAUAGUGUUCUCAUGAUCAGUGAGAAGGUAUUCAUGGAGAAGUUCAUAUGCCCUCACAAGGAAGCUGCACCGAAACUCGCUCAAGACUAUGCAGCAGCUUGCAGAGGGAAAAUGCCGACUAGAUUCAGAUUUACAUGAACCAAGAAUGCCUAUGGAAGCUGGUAACGAAGAAUGGCACAACAAAGAUUUUGCUCUGGAUGCAAGCUGUAAUUCAUGGUUCAAUGUUCUUUGCCUGACAAUGUGUCUGCUUUCUGCUAUUGUAUCUUUCUUACAUAUUUAUUUCAUCGUUGCUAACUGCUGAUGAAUUAUGGUAGUGAUACUUCCUUUCCUUGAUCCUGGUAUGUCCAUGUCAUAUUAUAGUUAGAAGAAAACAUGGCAUGCCUAUGAGCUUCUUCAUC